CCAUUCUAAGUCUCUAAGGGAGUUUCACGGCAUGGAUUUUAAGAAUGGUGUGAAGGAUUGGAGCAAGCCGAUACGUUUGUGGAAUGAUAGGGCCAACAAUAUUGUAAACGUUAUCGAUCCUGACAUUCUUGUCUACCCCGCUGACGACCCGUACCUAGAUUGGUAUGAAAGAAUUACCUUACGUUUUGUUAGUAAAAUGGGUGCAGCUACAAACACAGCGAUGCAACUGUUUGAGAGGCUUUUUAUGCCAUACGUCUCUGCUGAGGCGGUUCAGGCAAUGACACAGAAAGGAGUCGAGUGCUUGAAAUUCCAAGAGAAGUUAUUCCGAAAGAUAGCUCCUGAGCAUAAGAUACGGGAUCCACAAGUACAUGAGGAAUUUGAUGAGGACUAUGACCAUAUGGACCCCCAUUUACAGCCAGAAGAAGGGGUCCACCAACAGAACCAGCCUCUACCGCAGCACCAGCCUGAGGGUCCUCCCGAAGAUACACACGCAGAAUACCAAUUCGAGGAACCCGUUGCAACAAGUAGUUCAUGAGGACCAGUGCACCCUUCAGAGCUUUCCACUCCUUUAAGUUCAGCUAUAUUAAAUAUGGAUGGGGUCUCGAUGAGUCCAUUACUUAACUGCUCACCAACGGUAGGGGCAGGGGGUUCACAAUCGCAAACUCCUUCUGACUUUGAUUGGGCCAACAUGUAGAUAUCCACUGUUGGUGGUGGAGAGACCAUUUCUGAGUGUAGGUCGCUUUUGAAGAGGAAAAGGAUGGUAGAGUCGCAGGAUGGGGAUUCACUAGGCCAAGUCACACAGCUCACAGAGACAAUAAUUCAGUCUGAGGAGAUACCAAAGGAGGAGGGGGGAGAGUAGGAGGAGGAGGAGGAAGUUGACAUGGAAGGUGGAGGUCAUGUUACCCCAGAUGGGCCGCGUAGGACUACGUGUGUCUCUAGGCCUCCGCGUUGUGGUACUGGAGGACAUCUUCACAAGAAGCAUGGAGACACUAACCACGAUAAGGUCGUUGAUGCUACAAAGGGUAGAGGUGGGGGUAGAGGUAAGGCUAGGGGUAGGGGUGGGGCCAGAGGUUGACAUACAGGUACAUUUCUUUUUAAUUUUGUGCUUUAUUUGUUUUGCAUAAUCGAUUAGUAGGAUUAGCACAACCCAGCGUGGGUUUUGAUUGUGGAAUUUUUAUAAUUGUAAUGGUAAUUAGGAUGGCAAAUGGAUCGGUGUGAAC